GGAGGAGAUGAUUUGGGGGGAGUCGGGUUGGGGGGCUCCCUCCGUGCGCUCCCUCAAGUCUGUGCAGUGCCACUUCCCUCUCAACUUCACUCCCGAUGACUUCUUUUGCUUCUCAUUUAAUUUUUUUCUUUAUGACAUCACUUCUUUGACUGGCCGGUGGUGGACGGAAUGCUCUUCGCUAUUAUUCUUAACAUUACAGAUGUUUUGGAUGUGCUGACUUAACCGGCUUGAAUGGCGGGGGAACCACUUUGGAGACUUUACGCAUCGACAUGAGGGAUGAUUGUUAACUUUUUCACCUUUUUGCAUGUAAUUUAACUUCUUCUGCAAAGAAAGGAGUGUUUGUCUCUCAUAUUUUUUGAAAAAAAAAAAACUUUUCCUCCCUUAUUUACCAUUGGAGAUCCAACUUUUGUACGCACUGGGACGGAUUUCUUGGAUAUCAUGGCUUGGGGGGCUGAACUGAGCCGGCUUUGGUCUCUCUCUUUGGCUCUGUUCCUGAUUCUGAGCACUGUGUCCGGCGCGCAUGCAUGCCCACACAAGUGCAGUUGCACCGGAUCCCAUGUGGACUGUCAGGGUCUGGGGCUCAAAACUGUACCGAAGGGGAUCCCGCGUGGAGCUGAGCGACUGGACUUGAACAGAAAUAACAUCACUCGGAUCACCAAAGUGGACUUCUCUGGCAUUAAGAACCUCCGAAUUCUUCAUCUGGAGGACAACCAAAUCAGUGUCGUCGAGAGAGGAGCCUUCCAAGAUCUGCGACUACUGGAGAGACUUCGCCUAAACAGGAACAGGCUCACUUUGCUGCCAGAACUUCUCUUCCAGUCCAAUCCUAAACUCGGCCGACUAGACCUGAGCGAGAACCAGAUCCAGGCGGUACCGAGGAAAGCCUUUAGAGGAAUCACCAACGUCAAGAACCUGCAACUGGACAGCAACCACAUCAGCUGCAUUGAAGAUGGAGCUUUCCGAGCACUGCGCGAUCUGGAGAUUCUCACUCUCAACAACAACAACAUCACCCUCAUCCCACUUUCCAGCUUCAACCACAUGCCCAAGUUGCGGACGCUUCGCCUGCACUCCAACAACCUUCACUGUGACUGCCACCUGUCCUGGCUCUCUGAUUGGCUGCGGGCGAGGCGAGGCCUGGCGCCCUUCACUCAGUGCAUCUCCCCCGCCCACAUGAGGGGCCUGAAUGUCCCCGAUGUACAGAAGAAGGAUUUUAUCUGCAAUGGUCCCGUCCUCACAGAGCCAAGGACAUGUGCGCCCCUAGUGGCAGUGUGCCCGCCCAGUUGCACCUGCAACAACAACAUUGUGGACUGUCGGCGCAAAAGCCUGAUGGAGAUACCCAGCAACCUUCCGGAGGGCAUCAUGGAGAUUCGUUUGGAGCAGAACUUGAUCAAAAGUGUCCCACCAGGAGCCUUUUCGUCCUACAAGAAGCUUAAGAGAAUAGACUUGAGUAAGAACCAAAUUUCCGACAUUGCAGCCGAUGCCUUCAGUGGUCUCCGCUCGCUCACCUCCCUGGUGCUGUAUGGCAACAAAAUCACCGAACUGCCAAAAGGAUUGUUUGAUGGCCUGGUGUCUCUGCAGCUACUCCUCCUGAACGCAAACAAGAUCAACUGUCUUCGCGUCAACACCUUCCAGGACUUGCAAAACCUCAACCUGCUGUCACUGUAUGACAACAAGUUACAAACUAUUAGCAAGGGACUUUUUACACCACUGCGCUCCAUCAAAACACUUCAUUUGGCCCAAAAUCCCUUUAUGUGUGACUGUCACCUGAAGUGGCUGGCCGAUUUUCUGUUCGACAACCCCAUCGAGACCAGCGGGGCGCGCUGCAGCCACCCCAGAAGACUGGCAAACAAGCGCAUCAGUCAAGUCAAAGGCAAGAAGUUCCGCUGCACAGGUCAAGAAGACUACCGCAGCCGUCUAAGCGGCGAGUGUUUCCAGGAUCUUGUUUGUCCCGAUAAAUGCCGCUGUGAGGGCACCAUGGUCGACUGCUCCAAUCUUAAACUGUCCCGCAUACCAGCACACAUCCCGGAACACACCACAGACCUGCGACUGAAUGACAACGAGAUCGUCAUACUGGAGGCGACCGGGAUGUUCAAGAAGCUGAUGAACUUGAGGAAAAUCAACCUGAGCAACAACAAGCUGCGGGACAUCCGCGAGGGCACUUUCGAUGGAGCGUCAGGGGUUCUGGAACUUCUCCUGACUGGCAACAAGCUCACUGGACUGCACGGGCGAAUGUUUAGAGGUCUCACUGGCUUGAAAACGCUAAUGCUGCGUAGCAACCAGAUCAGCUGCAUCGACAACACGACGUUUACAGGCCUGAGCUCAGUGCGUCUGCUGUCGUUGUACGAUAACCGGAUCUCCAGCAUUGCCCCAGGAGCCUUCGCCACCUUGCACUCGCUUUCUACCAUUAACCUCCUUUCCAAUCCGUACGUGUGCGACUGUCACUUGGCUUGGCUUGGUCACUGGCUGAAGAAAACGCGAGUGGUGAGUGGAAACCCUCGCUGUCAAAGGCCCGCCUUCCUGAAGGAAAUUCCCAUCCAGGAUGUAGCCAAUCCUGACUUUACAUGCGAUGGUGGCGAGGAUAACGGCUGUCUUCCCGCAUCUGGCUGCCCUGAUGUCUGCACAUGCUCAGAUACCGUGGUGCGAUGCAGCAACAGAGGCCUCCACUCACUGCCCAAGGGCAUUCCCAAGGACGCCACCGAACUUUAUCUGGAGGGCAAUAUGCUCACUUCUGUACCCAAGGAGUUGGCGGCCCUCAAGCAUCUGUCAUUAGUAGACCUGAGCAACAACAGCAUCAGCACAGUGGCACCAUACACCUUCAGCAACAUGACUCAACUGGCCACGCUAAUCCUCAGUUACAACCAAAUUCGCUGCAUCCCGGUCCACGCAUUCGACGGUCUCAAGUCGCUCCGCCUGCUCACUCUACACGGGAAUGACCUCUCAACCAUCCCGGACGGUGCGUUCAACCACCUCACCGCGUUGUCCCACCUGGCCCUGGGCGCCAACCCCCUGUACUGCAACUGCGACCUACGCUGGCUCUCCCAGUGGGUGAAGGCCGGCUUUAAAGAGCCAGGCAUUGCACGCUGCACCGGACCUCCUGACAUGGCUGACCGGCUGCUGCUGACGACGCCGCUCAACAAAUUCCAGUGUAAAGGUGCGGUGGAUAUUGCCCUUGUGUCAAAGUGCGCCCCCUGCCUGGCAGAGCCGUGCCAAAAUAAUGGCACCUGUGUGUCCGACGCGACUGGGUCCUACCACUGCACCUGUCCGUUUGGAUUUAAGGGCCAGGACUGCGAAACAGCCAUUAACGCCUGCGUUAGCUUUCCUUGCCUGAAUGGAGGGACGUGUCACAUUCAACCGGGCCUUGAAGACCACUUCAACUGUGUGUGUCCACCGGGUUUCGAGGGUCAACGCUGUGAGGUGAACCCAGAUGACUGCGAAGACAACGACUGCGAGAACAAUGCCACCUGCGUCGACGGUGUCAACAACUACACUUGUGUCUGUCCGCCCAACUACACAGGUGACCUGUGCGAAGACGUGCUGGAUCCCUGUCUUCCUGGUUUUGACCCCUGCGAACACGAUUCGAAGUGCGUCCACGUUGGACGCAGUUACAGGUGUGAGUGCUUGCCAGGCUACGUGGGCGAUUUCUGCGAGCUUGACUACAACGACUGCUUGGAAAACAAGUGCCAACACGGCGCCGAGUGUGUGGACGCUGUCAAUGGUUACACAUGCGUCUGUAAGGAGGGCUUCAGCGGUUUGUUUUGCGAGAAUCCUCCGCCCAUGAUUUUGCUGCAGACCAGCCCGUGCGACCACAGCGACUGCCAAAAUGACGCCCAGUGCCUGCUAGUUGCCGGUGAGCCCGUGUGUCGGUGCAUGCCCGGUUUCUACGGCACCAAAUGCGACAAGAUGGCCACUGUCCACUUCCUGGGACGCGAGGCCUACGUGGAGCUCCCGGGUGCCAAGCUGCUCCCUAAUGCUCACAUUUCUUUCCAGGUGGCCACUGAAAAAGACAACGGAAUCUUGCUGUAUAAGGAGGACCACGACCCUUUGGCGCUGGAACUAUAUCAAGGACACAUACGACUCAUCUAUGAUAUGGCUAGCUAUCCUCCCACGACAGUAUACAGCGUCGAGUCUGUAAAUGACGGACUUUUCCACACGGUGGAACUGUUGAUUCAGAACCAUUCGCUCAGCCUGGUGGUGGACAACGGCGCCCCCAAGAGCCUAGGCAAGCUGGCGCGCCAACCCUCAGUCGACCACGACACGCAGCUUUACAUUGGAGGUGCACCCUAUCACGUGUCUGCCUCUGGCUUGCGACCCGGCCCUGAACGCACGCCUCAGUCCUUCAACGGUUGCAUCCACAACGUCCAGAUCAAUGGCGAAGCGCAGGAUCUGAGUUACCGAGCCGUUGGAGGACGACCGGUUGAGGGCAAGGGUGACGGCGUCCUCGUGGGCUGCCACUCGUGCAGCGUGUGUGCGCAGGGUGUGUGCAGAGAGGGUGGCGAGAUGGGCGUCACGUGUCAGUGCCCGCCCGGACGCAGUGGGACUUUGUGCGAGCAAGCCGCGACCACAAACACUUGUCAGGGACACAGGUGCGUCCACGGCUCAUGCGUUCCUAAGGGGUUGUCGUACAGCUGCAAGUGCAGUGAGGGCUACCAGGGCCAGUUCUGCGAGCGGAAGGAGGAGCCUCCCGCCUGCAGGGGGCAGCGUUGCGUGCACGGCGAGUGCAGGUUGUCGGAGGGCGGGGAGCCCUUCUGCAACUGCCUGCCGGGCUACAUCGGGGCCACCUGUGACGCAGAGCUCAAGUGUCAAGGCGAAAUUGUGCGAGAGCAGCUGAAGCGCCAUCAAGCCAUGCGGACGUGCACGUCCACCAGCCGGAUCCCGCGGAUGGACUGCCCCCGCUCCUGCCAGACGGCGGCGCCCCCUGGCAUCUGCUGUGGCGUCACUAAAACCCGCCGGAGGAAGGCGGUCUUCCGCUGCACCGACGGCACUUCCUACUCCGAGGAAAUGGAGAUGGCCCUGGAGUGCGGCUGCGCCAGGUGCCCGUUGUAACGGUGCCACCACCACCCCCCAAUCUUGUGAAUUUGCAUUUUGUUUACACAUCCCGUUCGACGGCCGCCAUGUUGCUGCAGGAGAAACCACGAUGGGGACACGUGUGUGCGUGAUAGCGUGUGUGUGUAAGAGUGUGUGGCUGCAGAGAGAAAUAUAUUGUAAGAUACAAGUGCGGAAGAAGGAAAAAAAAAAGCAUAGAACUUAUUUUUAUUAUGAAUUUUCUUCUCCAAAAGUUUGUUUGUUUAAAUAUGUUGAUUAUGCAACUUUUUACAUAGGAUGAUACGAUUUUGUACCUUAAGAACAAAAAACUACACCAUGAAAUAGAUUAACAUUCCUUUAAAAGUAUAAGAAUUUAUAUGUAUGUAUAAAUCUAUAUAGAAAUUAUACCCUAAUCCAAUUAAUUGUAUAUUUAGUGUAUUUGCAUGAUUUUUCAACACUUCAUGUCGCUCCUUUUUGGCCUUAAAAUAGAACUGAAUGUGCCUAACAGAGGUUUAUUUUUGUAACAUUUUCAAUCUGCCUUGUUCUGAUGGAUGGUUUGCAGGAACUGAUCGCGUUUCAGUGCCAUUGUUGGCAACAGCUGUCUAGUUUAUUUGAACUGCGAGAGGCUGACAGCCAUCCUAGUUCAAAUGGCAUUUACUAUUGUAGAGAAAUCCUCAUGACAUAAUCAGUUUAACCUUUGCAGAUCUCAUCACUUGAUUGUUUAAAUAGUAGGUUGUAAGUGUGCAAAAACUGGGGUUUAAAAAUUACAAAAAAGUUCAAAUAUAGAAAUAUGCCAGUUAAUUAAAACAAAAUUUAGUAUAGAACAGUAAAAUUUGACUUUACAGAUUACUUAACUGUUUGAAGGGUUAUCAUUGAACUACUGAUGUAUAUAUAUUAGGGCUGUCAAACGAUUAAAAUUUUUAAAUCGAGUUAAUUACAGCUUAAAAAUUAUAAUUAAUCGCAAUUCAAACCCUCUAUAAAAUAUGCCAUAUUUUUCUGUAAAUUAUUGUUGGAAUGGAAAGAUAAGACAAGACGGAUAUACAGUAUACAUUCAACAUACUGUACAUAAGUACUGUAUUUGUUUAUUAUAACAAUAAAUCAACAAGAUGGCCUUAACAUUAACAUUGUUAAAGCGAUCCAUGGAUAGAAAGACUUGUAGUUCUUAAAAGAUAAAUGUUAGUACGAGUUAUAGAAAUUUUAUAUUAAAUCCCCUCUUAAUGUUUUUGUUUUAAUAUGUAAAUUUUUCAAUCAAAAGUAAAGUAGUAGCUCCCCAUUGUUGAUGUCAAUAAUUACACAAUGCUCAUGGUGCUAAAACCCAUAAAAUCAGUGGCACCCAAGCGCCAGCAGAGGGCGACAAAACACCAAAAAACACAAGUAACAAGUGGACAUGACACUGUGCUGUCAUUUUAAUCUGUUUGAGCGGGGCAUGUGCGUUAAAUGUGUCAAAUAUUUUAACAACGCGAUAAUUUUGACUGCCCUAAUAUAUAUAUAUAAAUACAUAGUGUUAUUGGGGGCCAUAACCAGAGUUUAUUUCUGGUUUUAUUCAUUUUAAAUUCAACAAGUCAACGGGAAGUGACUCUCAAUCAACAGAAAGUCACCAUUAAAUAUCUCAACGUUAACAGUAAGCCGAUAUCAACAGGGAGUGACCUAGAAAUGCGCCAGAAUCAAUCAGAAGUGACCCUGCCUCAAUAGGAAAUGACUGUGAAAUGCCCUUUGAUCAACAGGAAGUGACCUACCGGAGUUAAGUGGUUUAUUUCUAUUUAUUACCAAAAUAGAUGCAUAACCUAUAAAAGGUUAAUGAAACAUAAUUGCCACACAAAAACAUGAAAUGGCUUAAAGAGUACCACGGAUAGAAAGAGAUGUAGUUCUUAAAAGAUAAAUGUCAGUACGAGUUGUAUAAUUUGAUAUUAAAGCCCCUCUUAAUGUUUUCGAUUUAAUAAAACUUGUAAAAUUAUUUUAACUAGUAGGUCACCAUUGUUGUUGACGUCACAUGGCCAUGCUGCCGGACUUCCACAGUGUCACUCUUGAACUACAUUAACAUGUCCUCGGUUCUGCCCUUCCAAAUUGAACCAGAGUGGAACAUGUGAAGGACAGCAAAAGCAAAAGACGCGAAUGAGUCGAGUAGCGUUCAGUGUGUCAAGUUCGCGAGUGAAAGCACUCCCCUGCUCUAGUGAUGAGAGCUGGAUAAUGUUUGAUGUCAAAAACUGUUUUCAGAUCUUCACGGUAAACUAUUGUGUGAUCCAACUUAUUCCAAUAUUAUUAUGGAGAUAGUUAGCAUCCAGAGCUGCCGUGUGCUUUACAUAUGAUACAGUGAAAUACAGCAGUUUGAUUAUUUUUGGUGAUAGCCUGAGGCCGUGCAUCACAACACACGAAAAUGUUUGCCUCUAACGAGACAACUAAUGACGUGUUACCCUAUUUUUGUCACGUAAAAGCAGAUGUCCAGAUUGUUGAUCAUCCUGCCGGUUGCUUCCCAGUGAAUAAGCGACAUGGAAAAUGAAUAAAUGUAUUAAUGCCCAACAGAUUUUAAUGACGCCUUAUUUUGCACAUUGAUAUCUAAGAAGAAGAGAAAGGGAGUAGACACAGGCGUUCAUUGGAGAGCGCCGUUUAUUGGCAUAAGCUUCGGCAACUCCUUCACAACAAAAAUAAGUAUCGUAUAGUGAAAAUAUAACAAAACUAAUGUCUCUCAAAAAAAUGUUCACAAAAAUAAAAGCGCUUCAAUCUGUGUUAAUGAGGCCUUAUUCUCACACAUUUAAACAACAAUGCAAAGAGAACUGCCAUUCACAAUCAAAAUUGGUCUUUGGUCAAACUAUAUAAACAUUUUAGCAACUUGUUUAGCUCAAUAAAUUCACUGGAUGGCAAUAUUUAGUCACAAUAUACAACUAUGAUGCAGGGAGCCAUUAUCAGGAGCCCUGUACAUUGUGAAGACAGCACUCAAAUGAACAUAAAGUACAAUAGACCUGCAGUAAACGAGACUGUGGCGUCAGUCGAGGGACUAAACACACUCACUGGCUUGAUCUCUAAAUAAUUUAAAACUUGCCAUUGACACCUUGUAGUGUAUUUAAAUCACUGCCUUACACAGUUAAAGAGUGACACUGUGGAAGUAAGGCAGGGAGCCAAUGUGACGUCACCGCCUUGCAAUGUCAACAACAAUGGCGAGCUACGAGUUUAUUUUUUUUAUCUAAAAUUUUACAAUUUUUAUUCAAACGAAAACAUUAAGAGGGGUUUUAUUAUUUGAAUUAUUAGAACUCGUUCUAACAUGUAUCUUCUAAGAACUACAUGUCUUUCUUUGCGUGGUACCCUUUAAAAGUAGUUGAUUCAUUGAGUAUGACCUCCACCUCCAUAAUUAUUUAAUCUCAUAUUUUAAACUAGAUUGUUUAUAACCCGAAAAAUUCACUUUCCAAAACAAUUCUGAAUACAUUUCUCAAACUUAAGUGCAAAAAGUGCUCUUACACACAUUGCAUACAAAGAUAAAAACAUGUUUUGCCCCAUUUUUUUUUUUUUACGCUGAACUUUUGUAGUGCAAGUGCACCUGCUGAUUUUUGUCAGCAUUUUCAAAGCUCUCUCUGCUGUGUGUUUAUUUUUAAGUGAAUAAACACAACCAGACAGCAGUAAACGAUAUCAAAAACGUCUGUUCUACAAGCAGAACAGGAACGUUAGCACGGGUGCUAACAUCAAGUCAAGCCAGGCUGGUCCAGUGAGCGUGUUACCAAAUGAAAGUGAAAAAAAAUGUAGGUGAUCAGGGGUCACCAUGGCAACGACAGAGACCCUCGUCUCCUGAGCACCAAAAUGCUAAUCCCGCUUUUCAUGCUUUGUUUAUCAUUUGUUCAAACCAAAAAUUAAAUUUGCUCGAGUCAGAGCUGUUAGCAAUUUUUAAUUCAGUCAAUGAAUUUGAAUCCUCAAAGACUGCUUUUGCUUUUUCAUUUUCACACUGACGUUUUGAUCGGGCCUAAAUUUUCGAGUAGUUCCACAAGUGCAACUUUGAUAAUUAGUAAACAAGUUUGUGUUAGAAAAAGCAGUUAUCGCUGGUUAAACUGAUCAGGAAUAAACUUUGUUGAUAUAUAUAUAUAUAUAUAUAUACACACACAAGCACACACACACACACACACACACACACACAAAACAAUCGCACGCUAAACUGUGUCAAAUUGUUCAGAAGUGCAACCACGGACAAUAAUAUACGCAGACAAUUUCCUGUUAGUUAUAUGAAUAAAUAAAGUCAUUUUUCAAUACAAACAUCAGAUUGAAAAUAUAAGUAAUUUUGGUGAAUUUGGUUUCAUUUACAUGAAACCCAAAAAAAUGCUAACAGAAGCCAGAAAUGCUAACUGCUAUUGCUAAUUUCUUUUUUUUAUUUGAAAUUUAAAAUGGAACGAGACACAAAUUUUUGUUGGUUUAAGCUAGUUGUUCCAAUUUGACGCUUGAAAAUGCAGCCAAAGUUUCCGGGGUGCCUUUUAGUAUGAGAAAAAAAAAAAGACUUAAAAUUGCAACCUAAUGUUGCAUGGACACAACAACAUGCUCAAUAAGUCACAAGAAGUGCCUUAAUUUUCAUACAUGUCAGUGUGAAGUGAUUCUUCAAUUAAAUUUAACAACAUGGAAAAGAAAACAUGCAGCAAGAGCCUCACAGUGCAUAAUCGGAAACCAUCAACCCACUUCCUGUUGUUCUUCAUGUUUGAGACGUUCGCAAACACCCUUUUUUUAACCACAUUUUUUAAAAGCAGAAAGGACAGCAAAAUGGUGGGAUAUUUUCAAUACAUUUCUAUGGGGCAAAUGAGCCAUUUUAUCUGCAGUUUCUCAUUUUUCUCUUGUAGAACCAAGCUUUUCAUUUGCUCGCAUCACCUCGCCCUGAAAGUUAAGCUCGUCAAUGUGAAGACAAAAUCAUUUCAAUCCAAACACUUCAAUGUUCUCCAGGUUGAAAACAAAAAAGUGAUUGAUGAUGCAAAUACUUAUGUUGAAUGUUCCAAAUUAAACUA